AAUAACAUUUCGUUUGAAGAGAAAAAGAGAAAAGGGGAGAGGAUGGGUAGGGUAAGUGGGGAAGAAAGGGGAAAGGCGAGGAGGAUGAGAAGCAACUAGCGACGCGAAGCCGAAGCACCUCCGAUCCGCCGCCGGCCCUCCGAUCGGAAGGGGUUCCAUGGAGCAGGGUGCCGCCCCCGAUCGGAGCGACGUCCCGGUCGGGGAGUGCGAAUGGCGGGAGGAGCUGCGGCAGCAGCAGUCCCAGGUCGACGCGCUGCGCGAGAGGCUCGUGGAGGUGAAGGUCGGGAUGCGGUGCUCCGAGGGCGACUCCCGGAGGGAGCUGGAGCACCUGUGCCGCAGGGUGAAGACCAUCGCCACGCUGCUGGCGUACCUCAAGUCCAAGGCACGGAUCAUGGCGAUACCGCACCUCGCGCACACCUCCUGCGGGAUAAGGCACCAAGACGGCGUGGGAUACGUCGACCGGCAUGGGGUGCCACUGGCGGAUUGGCCCAAGGGCGCCGAGCCCGCGUCCUGUGGAGGUUCGGAUGACAGGAUGGUUGUGGAGAGUAGUGGUGCUCCUGAACAUGGUGAUGCCAGCGAGGGGGAUGUGGAUGUGGACGACAUUCUCAAGUCCAUCCGCAUGGUGACGGAUGUGAUGGAGUCACUUGUGAAGAGAGUGAUUGUGGCUGAAUCCGAAGUUGCUAAUGAGAAAGACAAGGUGAGGAUGGGGUUGGAGGAGGUCAGGAGGAAGACUUUGCAGGUUGAGACCAUGUCCUCGAAAGUCGAGGAGAUGGAGAAAUUUGCAGUGGGUACAAAUGGGAUGCUAAAUGAGAUGAGGCAAAGGGUUGAAGAUAUGGUGCUGGAGACCACUCGGCAGCGGCAGCGUGCUGCUGAAAAUGAGCAGGAGCUUAGUCGGGUGAAGCAGGAUUUCGAGUCGCUGAGAACUUAUGUUAGCACUCUUGUUAGUGUUAGAGAAACUCUUCUCUCAUCAGAGAAGCAAUUCGAAACAAUGGAGAAGCUUUUCGACAGGCUAGUUGCCAAGACUAACCAGCUUGAGAGUGAGAAAGCUCAGAAGGAAGCCGAAGUGCAGCAGGUGAUGGAGGAGAAUGUGAGGCUACGUGGCAUGCUUGAUAGGAAGGAGGCGCAGCUCCAGGCAAUGAGUGAGCAGUGCAAGUUCAUGGCGCUGAAUCGCCACAACUAGCAGGCGAUGGACCUGAGGCGGCUGCACUUACCCUACCGAUGUACCUUACAAACUACAUUGUUGUGACAGAGGAAAGAAAAACAAGAACAGAUGCCGUGGGAUGACUCAUGCUGCUGUCUGAGUUCCAGGGCUGUGAUUCUUGAUGUAAACAGUUGUUUCUUUAGGUGUGCUGGUCUGCUGGAGCUGUAACUCUGACAUAUUGUUUGCUGAAAAAUGUGUGUAAGAUACUGGAAGCAAUCUUUCCAAUUUCGUA